GCUUCCUGCAUGCAGUUGUUUGAAUCGCCCACCAGGAGGCACCUGACAGUCCCUCUCAGCCUCAGCCCUACCUGGGAGUUGUGUUACCUGUCCAACCUGCCCUGCACUGGCUCCAUUACUAGGACACACCUCCGUCUCCGCUCCACCACUCCCUGAGACAAACCCCGCCCGGCCGCCUUCCUGAGAAACAACCUGGAUACACAUGUCCUGUCCAAACAAGCCAGUGUUCUGUGAACUCAGAUAGGGAAGCGUAGUGAAGGGCAGAGAGCUGGAGACUGGCAUUCAUGUGUCGGAGCAGUUUCUCUGUUGAAGAGCAUCUGAGAGGCAGGUUGGCUUUGGUGUGAGUCAGUGUCAUCUUACAUCUGGAGACAGCAGUGAAGUGCGGCGCGGCUGCAUUGAAUGGACAGAACAUGGGGUCAGAUGAGACCUACAACUUUGUCUUUAAGGUGGUGCUGAUUGGUGAAUCUGGUGUAGGGAAGAGCAACCUGUUGUCCCGCUUCACCAAAAACGAGUUCACCAAUGAUACUCGCACAACAAUAGGGGUGGAGUUCAGCACACGGACGGUGCAGUUCAGCACCUUCACCAUCAAGGCCCAGAUCUGGGACACGGCGGGACUGGAGCGAUACCGGGCCAUCACGUCUGCGUACUACCGAGGUGCUGUUGGCGCCCUGCUGGUCUACGACAUCACCAAACACCUCACCUAUGAGAGCGUGGAGCGCUGGCUGAAGGAGCUGUACGACCACGCUGACCCCCACAUUGUGGUCAUGCUGGUGGGCAACAAGACCGACCUGGAGUCCGAGAGAUCGGUGCCCACCGAGGAGGCCAAAGACUUCGCAGAAAAGAAAGGUAUUUUGUUUCUGGAGACCUCAGCCUUGAAUUCAGUUAAUGUGGAAGAAGCUUUCACCAACGUCCUAGAAGAGAUUCAUAAGAAGGUGAGCAGUAAGGAAGUGGUUCGAGGCUCCAUCAGCGCCGUGUCCCUGAACAGCUCCAGAGCAGAUACCACGGAGGAGAGUAAACCCUGCUGCAGGAACAUCUAAUCCCACCUCCAUCCUCCAGGAGACCCCAGGGUGGGUGGGUGACAGGUGAACUCCUCGUUCACCCAUAACCUUGUGCUAGAGCUCGAGGCCAUGCAGCGACACGAGCAUAUUGACAGUCCUGGCUUCGGUGAUGCCAUUUUCAAAUGACUGAUGAAGUUGGACAAACUGGACGGUGCUGCAUUCAAAAGACGAUCGAUAAAUGUGAACGAAUGUAGCUGGACACCAGCAUCAGUCUUUUUUACGAGUCCCUGCGGUCCACCGAGCGUAGGUAACAUAGGUAAAACACAACUUUGUUACCUAUAAGAUGAUAUCUUUAUAACAUAUGCAGAAAACUGGUAACAUCAUGGCACGUUUAUCUAGAUAAUAAACAUGGUACAAGUAUUCGUAUCUCAUGCAUGUAUAAUCCCACAUUUCAAGAUCUGUAUCUAAUAUUAGCAUCUUGUAUUUUCUUUUCACCAUUACAGCCAAAGAGUUUGUGUCUAGAUGUGUUGUGUGCUUGAAGCGUUGUCUUUAAAGAUGCAUUUCUUCUGUUCUGAAUAUUCAAAGACUGAUCUUAUAGGUUGUUAACUUGCUUUUAACGUUUUUGGAACCAAACACCAGCAAAGUCAGAAAUGACUAAACCUGGUCAGUUGUCAUUGCCUGUAUCCUGAUUGUUUUUUUUCUGUAUCUUUGCAUUAAAUUCUGUUUUUCUCAAUAAAGAUUUAUUCAAA